GACAGGGAGAGCAGAGACACGGUCCUUGCCACUUACUGGUGCACUCACUGUUCUGAGGACAUUCAGGCAGUAAUUGCAGCAAAGAAAUUUAAACUUCAGCCAUGGCUUUGUCACACCGGGAGCCACUCUCUGAGACGGUGGGAAAGCGCAUGGUCAUCACAGGUCCAGACUACAUAAAAGACCACUUGCCUAAAGUUCACCAGCAUAUCGCCUAUAUAGGAGAAAAGCGUCCAGCAUUAGAGAAAACUGGAGAUCUCAGAUAUUUAUGGAGGUCUGCUUCGAACAGAAGCCUGCCGGCAAAGUAUAAACACGAGUACAGUGGUGGAAUUGGUUGGGGGAUACCACAGUACAGUUUCUUCAACAGAUCAAGAGUGGAAAGUGGCUUUCAUAUCCAGCACGGCGAACUAAGUCUUCGAGCGAUGGACAGAUUAACCCACCGCUAUCAAAAUCCUUGUGAGAUGGAGCAUGGACCAUGGGGUUCCUCAUGGUUUCUGGUGACGAACGCAACCCCCAGCGGCAGGAAGAUCGACUCAGACAAGGACCUCGGACUUCAACCAGGCCUCAGGGCGCAGAACAGGCCACUCAUAUCAUUAUUACCCCCAGCUGCAGCACAACCCGAGGAUGUCAACAUAUCUUCAGGUGGCAGCGCAGAUCAUGGACAAGGCCUGCAGUUGUUAACAUGCCCCCCAGACAUCAACACAGACUCUGGGGGUAGUAGGCCCACAGACCCAGACAUGGUCCACAGUAGCAACACAGGCCAUGAGUAUGUGUCUUCAGGGGACAACACAGACUACUCAGAUUGGUACAACCCCCAGAGGCAGUCUAGGCCAUUCUCAUCAGUAUGGCUCCCAACUGCAGCACGACCCAGGGACAUCGGCACGAUUUCAGGACACCCACGUGGCCUUCAGUUGUUAACAUGCUCAGACAUCAACACAGACUCUGACUACGGUAGGAACACAGACCCAGACAUGGCCCUUAGUAGCAGCCUAAUCCCAGAUAUAAACACGGCAUCACGUGGCUACAGAGGGUACUCAGAUUGGUACGGCCCCCCGAGGCAGCGCAGACCAUUCACAUCAACAUGGCCCCCAGCUGCACGACCCAAAGACAUCAACAUGACUCCAGGUUACAACAUAGAUCAUGGACAUGUGCAUGGCCUGUUAACAGGCUCCACAGACAUCAACACAGACAUGGGGGGUAAUAGGACCGCAGACCCAGAUGUGGCCCCCAGUAGCAGCAUGGUCCCAGAAAUCAACAUGGUUUCAGGUGGCAGAGGCUACUCAGAUUGGUAUGGCCCCCAGAAGCAGCGCAGCCCACAGACAUGGCUUCAGGUGGCACCACAGGCAGCAGACAUCUGCAUGACACCAGGUAGUAACACAUACCUAACCCCAGACAUCAACAAAGACCCCAGAUGCAGUACCAUGCAGUACCAUGCAGAUGGGACCAUGAAUAGCUCCAUGGCUUCAGAUGGCAGCCCAAACCACUCACAUACAGCCCAGGGGUAUCAACCCGGCUUCAGGCUGAAGCAUAGAUUGAGGAGAUCUGCAUGGAGUUAGGUAGUACAAAGGCCACAGACAUCAGCCCGGCCCCUGGCUGCAUCAGGACCACUGACGCACACAUGGCCCUCGGUGACAUCAAGGACCAGUUCUGCCUCUUCCCACAGCGCAUGCUCUGCUCCACUCUUGCGCCCUUCCCCCAUCCCCACUGCUCGCUUAUCUGUUCAUCAUCGUGGCACCCGCUAGCCCUCAGCCAGUCCAGUUUCCACGAGCUUAGGCCCCGUUCUUUUCUAAUACAAAGAGUAUUACUUUUUAA